AUGAAUACAUUAACUGUGAUACUAUUGGUGACUAUAAAUCACUUAGCAUAUGCUACAAAUCAAAAUCCUGGUCAUUUAAAACCAUUUGGUUCCGUAGGAUCUUUACUUAACAUCAGCGAAUUGUAUAACGAAUUUCCAACAGUAGUAGAAUUUUUCACAAAUUAUCUUCCAAAAUCAGAACCCAUCGUUUCUCGUCAAGUCCUAAUUAAUGACAAGGAUUAUUCUGUAUGGCAAACAGAUGAAAAACUUGAAAACAAUGUUUACGGCUUAUCAACUUUGAAUAUUAAAGUUGAAACAUUCAAAUCAAAACAACGAAAAAAAGUUCAAAUGACAUUUGGUGAAUUUUUAGAUCGAUAUGGAAAAGAACCAUUAUUGUUUGUUAAUCCCGUACCGACAAUUCUUCAAAAAUAUCUUGUUGUUCCAAAACCAUUACAAUGUGAUGUCGUAAUUGAAAAUUUUCAAUCAACAAUUCUACUCAUUAAUGGUAUGAAUGCAUCACCACUAAUGAUCGGUGAAGAUCAUGAUCGAUUUCAUUGUAUCAUUCGUGGCCAUAAACGUAUUGUUCUUGUUAAUACAUUUAAAUAUCCUGAUGUUCGCAAAACGAUUCUACCAGAGAAACGAGGACAUCGUGGACCAUCGAUUAAUCCAGACAAAGUUGAUCUCGAUCAAUUUCCCGCAUUUGCAAAUAUCGACUAUCACGUAGUUGAUCUAAAAUCAGGUGAUUGUUUAUUUAUUCCAAAUUCUUGGCUGUUUCAAGAGCGUACACUAAAAAAUACAAUAUCAGUUAUCUAUAAUAUUAAACAUCAUCAAGCAUUGCAUUUGAAUGUCGAUCAAUUGAAUACUUGCUCAAACUAUGAUCCAACAUUUACACUUGAUCAAGUUGUUUGGCCGGCUGAACCUCAAACUUUUGGGGAAGUAAUAAUGAAUCUGAUUAAUUCAAAAGUGCAAGAUUUCGACAAAUGGCAAGAUGCAUUUUCUAAACAUUUAUCGUUCGAUUUGGCAUCGGAUUCAACAGGAUCAGCUCUGUUCGAAGAGUUUUUUGAUAGUAUUGAUAUCGAUAGUGAUGGUCAAAUAACAUCUGCUGAAGUUGGUCAAAUACAAGGAAUGCAUCAACAUCAUAUCACUGAUAUACUCUUUGAAAUAACAAAACUUAUACAUAGUAGACAAACAGCAAAUGCAUCUACGCCUGUUGAUUCCAAUGAUACGCAAUCAACUGAAGAUGACGAUGAAGCUGAUAAAUCUGAUUUAUAA